CUCGGAGGUGAGGAGGUUGUGACUAUCGCAGUGAAGCGACAUGUCCGCGGUCAGUCACACCGACCGCGGGGCGCGCACGAGGCGUUGAGGGAGGCUAUGGAUAUGCCGGGGAAUGUCUCCCCGUGGAAGGACCGGACGGACCACGGGCCAGAGCAGAGCCACCAGGCAGCGCGUCCUGCGUGGGCAGUCACGGCGCUAGCCAGCGUGCUGAUCUUCACCACUGUGGUGGACGUUCUGGGAAACCUGCUGGUCAUCGUGUCCGUGUUUAGGAACCGUAAACUACGAAAUGCGGGAAACGUCUUUGUGGUGAGCCUGGCCUUCGCUGACUUGGUGGUGGCGUUCUACCCCUACCCUCUGGUGUUGUAUGCCAUCUUCCAUGAUGGCUGGUCACUAGGAGAGACCCAGUGCAAGGUGAGCGGCUUCCUCAUGGGCUUAAGCGUCAUUGGAUCCAUCUUCAAUAUAACAGGAAUUGCCAUCAACCGCUACUGUUACAUCUGCCACAGCUUCAGCUACGACAAGCUGUACAGCUACCGCAACACGCUGCUGCUGGUGGCGCUCAUCUGGCUGCUCACCGUCCUCGCCAUCGUGCCCAACUUCUUCGUUGGCUCGCUGCAGUACGACCCGCGCGUCUACUCGUGCACGUUCGCGCAGACGGUCAGCACCUCCUACACCAUCACAGUGGUGGUCAUCCAUUUCUUCGUGCCAAUCACCGUGGUCACCUUCUGCUACCUGCGCAUUUGGAUCCUGGUCAUCCAGGUGAGGCGCAAGGUCAAGUCAGAGGUUCGCCCUCGCAUCAAACCCAGUGACCUGAGGAACUUCAUCACCAUGUUCGUGGUGUUUGUGCUGUUUGCCAUUUGUUGGGCGCCGCUCAAUUUCAUCGGGCUUGUUGUUGCGAUAGACCCUGAAGCAGUGGCACCUCACAUCCCGGAGUGGCUCUUUGUGGUCAGCUACUUCAUGGCUUACUUCAACAGCUGCCUUAAUGCUGUCAUCUACGGCCUGCUCAACCAGAACUUCCGCAGGGAAUACAAGCGGAUCGUCAUGUCGGUGUGGAUGCCGCACCUCUUCUUCCAGGAGACGUCGCGGGGGGGCACCGAGGGCAUGAGGAGCAAACCCUCGCCGGGUCUCAAUAACAAUGAACAAAUGAAAGGAGAAAGUGUCUGACACUGUUUUUCCUCCUUGUUCACACUCUGAUCUCGACAGUGCCAAAGCAAUUCACUCUGGUCAUACAGAGUGACAGAGGACUAGGAUUUAAAGGUUAGCAUAUUGGCUACAAUAGCUGUGUUAUCCAGUCAAGAGUGCCAUUCACGAAAGCUAUGGCUCAUCAAAAUUUGGUGUGAACAUGUUUUUAUAUGCUCAGCCGUCACCUGGA